AAAAUUGCCAGCCCGUCCUAGACCAAGCAACGGUUUCCGCUAGUUCCUCGUCUUCAUCGGCUCGUCGUCAUCCUUGUGCAUUCGUGAGGGAAGCAACGAAUCCGGAGUUCCCCUCGUCCCUGCAGUCCAAGCCUGCGGUGCGCGAACCAGCGCCCCGACGAGUUUCCUAGUUCCUGCGCGAGAACCAGAAGCCGCUUACAUCUGCAAAUAUCCUCUCAUCUUCUUCUCCGGAGCUCCAACACCAAAGACCUUCCACUUUCGGGUCUCCUUGCAGCUUAAAUUUCUCCGUUCGAUUUGGUGAAUCGGAAGACCAAAGUUGCACUUGGUACUACCUGAAGGGAAUGCUUCUCAACACACUUAGUAUUUCCUGGCGAUGCUGUACUUUGUGGAACAUGUAUUCUGAGUCUAGCCAGUUACCAGGAAGGUUGACUCAAAGAGUGGAUUUAUGGAAUACUUCAUGCUCACAAGCCUUGAGGCAUCAUGACAGGAUAGGUUCAGUUAAGAAGAACAUAAAUUCAUCUCAUCUGCAAACUACAGCUUGUUUUGACAGUUUAGGGCGACAGUCGCAGUGCAGACAACCAACAAGAAGCCAUAUACUAAAUGUAAAGUCUGAUAUACUAUCCCAUCACAAGUUUGCUACUAUAAGUUGGCGUUUGGGAAGUAUGCCACGAAAAAUAGGAGGUAUAGCCUCUGGACAAGGUUUUGCAGUGUCUGGGAUGGCUAGUGCUGAGGGUCCUGUGGAUAACGAGGUUGAUAGCACCCAGCCUGCUGAAUCAUCAGCAAAUUUAUCUCAUGGGAAAAAAGUUUACACAGAUUAUUCUGUAACAGGCAUUCCUGGGGAUGGAAGAUGUCUGUUCCGUUCUGUGGCCCAUGGUGCAUGCAUUAGAUCAGGGAAACCCAUACCUAGUGAGGAUCUUCAGAGAAAGCUAGCCGAUGAGUUGAGAACAAUGGUUGCUGAUGAGUUUAUCAAGAGACGAGCAGAGACUGAAUGGUUCGUUGAAGGGGACUUUGAUACAUAUGUCUCUCAGAUUAGGAAGCCACAUGUGUGGGGAGGUGAGCCAGAGUUGUUCAUGGCUUCGCAUGUUCUUCAGAUGCCAAUCACGGUUUACAUGCAUGAUAAAGAAGCAGGUGGUUUAAUAGCAAUAGCUGAAUAUGGCCAAGAGUACGGGACAGAAGCUCCCAUCCAAGUUCUUUAUCAUGGUUGCGGCCAUUAUGAAGCUCUGCAGAUACCAGGAAAGGGUGGUCCAAGGUCAAGACUGUAACAUUUGUAGCUCAGCUUUCAAAUGACUUACUGAGCUUGGUAGAGGCAGUUGAGAUGCUCACACUGCCGCACUUUUGUCGCGAAGAACAGAUGGCCAGAAUUUGGCACAGGCCUGGAGCUGGCAAAGGAACGGAGAUCUGCACCCGCUUUCCUAAAACAUUCCAACUGUUGAGCCCCGCGCACUGCCCGUUAUCAUCGUUGCAAGGUCGGAAGCAGAAGAAUAGGAGAUUACCGUUGAUGCCUUUAUUGGAUCGAAGUCAAAAGUCGCAUAGAGCUGAUAUACAUAGUUCUUGUUAAAAUACUGCCGGCAACUAUCUUGAUGGUGUCGUGUACGAACUCUUGUGUUCAUUCACACUUCUAUAUAUAGUUCGACACGAGAAGCUUUUUCGUGUUCGCAAAAGGUAACUUUUUAUUUCAGACCAGAUUUUAGGUCAGUACUUACAAGAUUGGACGUUCUUGUUAAGUGGAGCUGAUUUUGGAA